AUGCCUCCCGCCCGCGCAUUCAUUGCAGACAUCUAUUCCGACGCUGGCGCUGGACAGCAAGCGGUCCUGGAAGCUAUUCGCGGCGUCGACAAGCACGUCGUGUCUGACGAGCCAUGGGCAAGUGUCUACUAUUGGUAUAUUUCGGAAGAUCCCAAUGAUGGCACGGUUUAUGGUCUUGAAGAGUACGAGACAGAAAAACAUCACCUGGAAGGCCACAAUACUAGCAAACCCUUCUUGCACCUCGUCGACACGGUUGGCAAAUCCUCUUCCAAGGAGAACAAGUUGAAGCUUGAGUACCUCGAACCCGUCCUUGGGUUUACCGAACGCAGUGGUCCUACCAAGGCCGGCGUCGUGCGAGUCGAGCGAAUCACGACUACAUCGUCUCAGAUGGACGCGGUGCUGGAUCAAUUGAAGCCAUUCGCACUUCAUGUUGAGCAAAAUGAGCCAGGAACACAAUCAUUCUUCGUUUACAAAAGUCGCGAAUCGCCCGAUCAAAUUGUGAUCUUCGAAAGGUUUGAGACCAAGGCUGGUCUGGAAGCGCAUCUUCAGUCGGAAGUACGUAAAAAGUUAGACGAUCAACUGGCGUCUGUGAUCAAAGGGAAAACAGCGGAUUGCUUCAAGGAGGCGGGUAUCGGAUUCAUGAAACGCCAUUAG